CGUCAUUACAACUGGGCCCACCAGUUGAAUUCAGGUGGCGAUCGCUCGGUGCACGAGCACUUCUGCACCAUGAAGGUUCUCGAGCUGGCUGCCGAGGUGGACCAGCUUAACAUCCCCACGCUGGUCUCUCUGGAGGCGCUCGGGCGGCGCGCCGUGCUGAUCGAGCAGGCGCACCUCAACUCUCCUGGCAGCCCCGACUACACCGGGGCCGGCGAUUUCAUGGGGUGGGGUCCGGGCCGUGGCAGGGCCCUGGUCGCCCCGACUUUGGUCAAGCAUGUGGCAGAGAAGGCGCGUGACAAGGCGUCUGUGUAUAAGGAGUUGCGCAAGCACAAUGAGGAGCUUCGUUUGAGGAAGCCGCCCAAAGGGCACUCCCGGCCACGCGGCUGGGCUUUCUCGCUGGUGUCGUCGCUGAAGAGCGUGACGUCCCGCGGGAGCUUCUUCCUCUACCGUAUGUUCCUCGGGGGCCUGUCGCUGGUCCCCACCUUUCUCGGGGAGUUCGGCAGCGAAUCCAGGGGCGACGCGUCGCCGCCGGAUGCCGCAAAGAUGAUCGUAGAUUUUGACACCCACCUGCUCAAGAACGACAACCAGUGGGGAGCGGAGGUGGAGCGUGGUCUCGAGCACAUAGGUUCCUACAUGGACCCUCGGCUCCGCUUCAGCCGCCGCAGUUAUCUCAACUUCAUCGGGGACCUGUUCAGAGGUGGGCUUCUCGCCUGGCGACGGGCCGACCAAGUUCGAGGUGGGAUCUCGGUAUUUUUUGUACGAAAGAAGUCGGGCAAACAGCGCCUUGUCGUCGACUGCAGGCGCGUCGACGCCCGCUUCCGAGAGUGCCUUCGCGCGCCAAUGGGUUCGGGAUCGUCCUGGGCCGACGUCGCGAUGGACACGGACACUGACAUGUUUCUCUCGCUUAGUGACGUGAAGGACUACUUCUACGCCUGCGGUCUGCCGCCAGGCCUCGAGAGCUUCUUUUGCCUCCCCGAUAUCACUGGGGAAGAGCUGAAGGUGGUCGCCCAGGGCGAUCCCACCUUUGGAUACUUGUGGGGCUCCACGGCGGUCACCCCCGCUAUGAAGGUGAUGCCGAUGGGGUGGGCUUGGAGUUUCUCCUUCGCGCAGGUCUUGCACGCUCACCAGGUCCACCAGAUCAGGCCCUGGUCGCCCGGCGCGGUCAUGCAGGACCGCGUCCCUCCACCUCCUUUCAGGACGGGGGCCGAGCUGGCCCUGCCCUACUGCGACAAUUUCGUUGCGGCUGCCUCCUCUCUUGCACAGGCCGACGCUCUCCGAGAAGAUUGUAAGCGCCGGAUGACCUCGCUUGGCUUCGAGGUCCACGAGGAGGAGGCUGCCCGCCACUGGGCCGAGUCCUUGGGGUUCGCCAUCGACGGACUUACUGGGGAGCGUCGCCCUAGCCCUGUCAAGGCGCGGCGCCUCCGCCAGGUCUGUCGUCGCGUGGGCCGCCAGCGGCCCUGGCUUAGCGGUCGGCAGCUGGAGCGGCUCUUGGGACAUGCUACUUUCCAGUUUCUGGGACAUCGGCCGCUACUCUCUGUCUUCCGCAGUUGCUGCACCUUCGUGCAGUGCCACUACCUCCUGCCACGACGGCUCUGGCGGACCGCCGCCGAGGAGCUCCGUGCUGCCGCUGCUCUGCUGCCCUUUGCGCGGGCCAACAUGCGGCGGCCCUGGGCUUCGGAGGUGGAGGUGUUCGACGCCAGUCCUGCCGGCUGCGGGGUCACGACGGCGACCCUGCCGAAGGAGGUGGUCUCUGAGAUCGGGAAGGCCUGGCCCGCCUCAAGCUUCUUCGAGGCUCGGGCUUGGGGCCACCCGCGGCAGCUCGCGUGGGUGAUGAGACGACUGCUGCCGCCUACACAGGCCAAGCGGUCCCAUGGCGAGGCAUCUGCUGGCCUCCCACAGGGGCCCGCCGGCAGCCGCCCAGUCAAAGGAGCCGCGGGUCUCACGCGUGCUGCAGGCGCCGCAUCGCCAGGCGUGCUCCGCCCCCCGCGACGGCAGCCGGGGGCUGGCCCCCCCCCGACGCACCGCCGCCUGGCGGGUGCCGCCUCAGCGCGGACGCUGCCCGCCAACGCCGACCGGAGCCGCAAGCUGCAGAUCCUGGCGCGGCGGGCGCGGGCGAGGGCCCGCCGAGCGGCCGUCGAGGCGGGGGGCCGCGAGAUGCAGGAGGAGCUCGAGCUGAAGGGGAUCAUGGUGAGCCUCCUCGAGAUGAAGUCCGUCGGCAAGCAGUCGAUCCCCUACUAUCUCCAGAAGUUCAGGGAGUUCUUGGACUUCGUGGUCGACCACGGGUUCGACCUCCACAAGGACGAGGACGUGGACGAGGCGUUGGUGCAGCUGAUGGACCUGAUGUACUUGGAUGGGUGGCAGGUCGAUCAGGGCGAGAAGCUGCUCGCGGCGGUGAAGCUUGGGAUCCCGCGUUUCUCCAGAGCGGGGCUCGGCGGCCUGCCGCGCGCGGCCCGCGCCCUCCGCGGCUUUCGGAAGGCCGCUCCCGAGGCCUGCCGCCUCGGGCUGCCGCGCGCGUGGGUCGUCGCGAUCGUCGCGGCGAUGCUCUGGCGCGGGAGGCUGGAGAGCGCCCGCCGGGUGGUGGUGAUGCACGAUGCGUACCUCCGCACUGGCGAGGCGACGCGGCUCCGGGCCGAGGACUUCGCCCCGCCGGUCGGAGACCAUCGCGGCCACGAGCGCGGCGUGCUCAUCCUCGGCUCCUCGAGCGCCGGGGUCCCCACCGAGACGGGCGUGCUGGACGACGCGGUCACCCUGUCGGACUGGGACUUUCCAACCAGCAAGAUACAGGAGCUUUUGAAGGCCCAGCGAGCCCCGCACGAGCCCCUGUUCGUCACGAAGCCCGCUGCCUUCAGGAAGGACUUCGAUCAGGCGUGCCUCGACCCCGGACUCGACAAGCGGAACCUCGCGAGCUACCAGCUCCGCCACAGCGGCCCAAGCCGAGACGCCCUUCUCGGGCGCCGCGCGCUUCCCGACAUUAUGAAGCGCGGCAGGUGGGCCACUCUCUCGUCGGUGAAGAGGUGCGAGAGGCGCGGAGUAAUGCAGAAGGCGCUGGCCAGCAGCCCGAAGGAGCUGCUCGACUUCGCCGCGGCUGUCGAGUCCUCCAUCGUGGGAGCGCUCCUUG